AUGUAUGGGCACCAGGCCUCCGCGACCAACAUCUUGAAAGAUAUCUCCAAGCCGCAAUACGUCGCGACACACAUAGACCUGCGGAAGGAGUUGAGCGAGGGCCCCCCAGCUAUACCUCGCGAAGAGAUAUCAACUCAACGCGGCGGAACACCUAGUCCUCAGAAGAGAAGCGGAAUAUGGGUUUACAUGAUCCAGCUGUCCACCUUGUGGGGAGAGGUCCGGACGUACGUGAAGCAAUGGGCUCAGCAGACCAACAGCGUGCCACCACCAUGGUCCAUUGAAUCCGGGUACGCUGUCAUCGGCGCCCAUCUUAUGGAUUUGGAGACUAUAUUGCCGGCCUGCCAUCGGUUCGACCUCGCACGCUUCCCCGAUCAGGAGAAUCAGCACCUCCGGAAUAACCGGGGAUACUGGAGUCCCUGGUUGUAUCUGCAAUUCACAUAUCACACCAUACACAACAUGCUGAACCAUCCAUUUUUAUAUUCGGCACGGCCACAUCAGUCGGCCCAACUAGGCGUCCCCAACACGUUCUGGAAAACGUCCUCAGAACUUGCUUUUAUUCACAGCACUUGGGUUGCACGGCUCGUAGAUAUGGUCGCGAGCAAGGCGUACGGUGUCUCGGAUCCUUUCAUCGGCCACUGCGUGGCAAUCGCAGCGACCAUUCACAUUUACUUUUGCCGAGCUGCUGAUAAGACUACCAGAGAGGCGGCGCUGGACAGACUCGCGACGUGCGUCGCAUUUUUAGGCGACCUGGCAUUGCUUUGGCCUUCAUGUCGAUGGUUGCAAGAAAGGCUCCAAGCAUUGGUUCGGUCGGCAAUCGGAAUGAACAAUCCAAAUGAAAAGGGAGAGGAAGAGGGUCCAUCCCCAAGGACCAUUUCAAUCAACACACGUUUGAUGUGGGACAUUCUUCUUUACAACUUUGCCGCUUACAAGGGCAAGACGACCUUACCUCAACAGGGUGGUCUUUUCGAUGAGAGUUCCUUUUUUCGAGAAGACAGUAUGGACGAAGCGGAAGACAUUAUCGAAAUAGAGAAUUUACACGACCCCACUAUCGAAGUGAAUCUUUCCAACGGACAGGCGUUGCCGCCACAGUCGGGCCAGCGAAGAGGUAGAGCAGGACAAGACGACCAGGGCCCUGAACCUAUGCAGUCAUCAGCUCCCACUUCGCCCAGGCCGGAGCUUGAUGCGCAUGUUACCGAGACUGCGCCCACUGCGCCUUGGCCGAUGUCCUUGGAUAUGGCGUACGAUCCGUUUUUUCAGUUUCAGCACCCUGGCAGCCCCUUUUUUGGGACAUGGGAAGUAGGAAACCUGUAA